CAGGUUCUCCUCCGCCGAUGCCAGGUCGCAUCCAUGGAUAAAAUCGUUGAGAAUUAUGCCCGCCUGCCUCUCUAGUCUCUUCUCUUCUCUUCCCUUACUCUUUUCUCAUAGCCGGGGUCCAAAUCGGGGCGGCUAUAUUGGCUGCAUGACCGACGGCAGAAAAGCCGCUUCAGACCCUCUUUAUCAUCAUCUUUUGCAAACUGGCCUUGUCAAAGAGAGGCAGCUACUUGUUAUUAACAAGCCUCUCUCUCUCUCUGUCUUUUUUUUGUUCCCUUCUUUCCACCUCUGGCUUUUCCUUUCUUUUCCCCCGCUUUAGCUAAAAGAGUUGCAACACCCCCCCCCCGUUUGUUUCGCCGAUGAAACCACUUUCUUGCUAAAUUUAGCUGCAUUGAUUGAUAUGUCAUGAUGGGGUGUUUGGACUGGUGAAACGUCGCAAAAGCCCAUCUUAACCUUUUAGCCCUGUACCGUGGUAUCAUCCUAAAUGCAUGUAAUUAAC